CGUCGCGCACACUUCGCAGAGUUGGAAAUGUGAAAGCAAGAAGCAAGGCUUUAUUUUCCCUCUCUCCCUUCUUCUCUGUCUCUCUUUUUUUCUCUUUUCAUACACACAUAUACAUACACUGCCCAUACAUUCACACAUACACACCCUCACCUUCACACACACACAUACACACACACUCACACACACACUCACACACACAUACACAACAUCGCCUAUUCAAGAGUUAAAACCGACAGAUAUGUAUUCUCCGCUAUGCCUAACACAGGAUGAAUUCCAUCCUUUCAUUGAAGCACUGCUGCCCCAUGUGAGAGCGUUUUCCUACACUUGGUUCAACUUGCAGGCCCGCAAGAGAAAAUACUUCAAGAAGCACGAGAAGCGCAUGUCUAAGGAAGAGGAGCGAGCCGUGAAGGACGAGCUGCUCAGCGAGAAGCCGGAGGUCAAGCAGAAGUGGGCAUCGCGGCUGCUGGCCAAACUCCGCAAGGACAUCCGGCCGGAGUUCCGCGAGGAUUUUGUGCUCACUGUCACUGGGAAGAAGCCCCCUUGCUGUGUGCUCUCAAACCCUGACCAGAAGGGCAAGAUGAGGAGAAUUGACUGCCUGCGUCAGGCGGACAAAGUGUGGCGCUUGGACCUGGUCAUGGUGAUUUUAUUCAAAGGUAUUCCGCUUGAAAGUACUGAUGGCGAAAGGCUGGUUAAGUCUCCGCAGUGCUCGAACCCAGGGUUGUGCGUGCAGCCGCAUCACAUAGGAGUUUCCGUAAAGGAGCUCGACCUGUACUUGGCCUACUUCGUGCAUGCAGAAACAGGGCAGUCUGAUAGUCCGAACCAGCCCAGUGAUGGCGACAUCAAGGACCAGCCAGAAAACGGGCACCUUGGCUUCCAGGACAGUUUCGUUACAUCAGGUGUCUUCACCGUCUCCGAGCUUGUGCGAGUCUCACAGACGCCCAUUGCAGCAGGGACAGGGCCCAACUUCUCGUUGGCAGACUUGGACAGCUCUUCCUACUACAGUAUGAGCCCUGGGGCCAUGAGGCGCCCCCUACCCAGCACUUCUUCUAGCAGUUCUGCAAAGCGUAUCAAAUGCAUGGAGGAUGAGGUGGACAGUCCAGGAGAAGAGUCCUACUACCCAGGUCAGGGACGCUCGCCUGGCAGCGGCAGCCAAGCCAGCAGCUGGCAUGAAGUGGAGCCAGCUGGAUAUAAACUGCGUGGCUCGCUAGCUAGUUCGUUCAUCUCAAGACAAGGAAUGCCAUCGCCUACCACAUUAAAGAAGUCAGAGAAGUCUGGUUUCAUCAGCCAUGUGCCUUCGCAGACCGCUUCCCCCCGAACGGCAUUCACACACCAUCAUCGACCUGUCAUUACAGGACCCAGAGCGAGUCCUCACGCCACGCCGUCAAGUCUUCAUUUCCCGACGUCGCCAAUCAUCCAGCAGCCCGGCUUCUCCCACUUCUCCCACCACGCCAUCCGCUACCACCCCCAGGAGACGCUCAAGGAGUUUGUCCAACUUGUCUGCCCUGACAGUGGUCAGCAAGCUGGACAGGUGGGCUUCCUUAAUCCCAACGGGAGCAGUCAAGGGAAGGUGCACAACCCGUUCCUGCCCACCCCAAUGCUGCCGCCUCCUCCGCCUCCCCCGAUGGCACGACCCGUGCCCCUGCCUGUGUCAGACUCCAAACCUCCCUCGACCUCCACUGAGGGAGGGGGCAACUCCCCCACCUCGCCAACCUACUCCACACCGAGCACGUCUCCCGCUCAGCGCUUUGUCAGCGUGGGCCCCAGAGACCCCAGCUUUGUAAAUAUCCCUCAGCAGCCUCAGUGGUACCUGGGCUAAAGACUCCCGACACGGACCGGCCGCUCCCGAGGUCACACGACCACCCCCUCUGUCUCCCCUGAGUACGACCCGCAAACAUGUACACCAGUCUGAACAGAGAGAAGCCACUUGCUGCCCCAGUACUGGACAGACCCACAGCAUGGCUCCAGCAGAACCCCGCCAAGCCCUGGAACAAGAGGAACCGACUCAACGCGCUUACACCCACUUACUAUAUAUCUAUAUAGUCCAUAUGUAUUCUUCCAUAUGUAUGGUUUACAUGCCUAUAUUCAUAUAUAGUAUCUGUCCAGCUCUUCUGAGGGUGGAGCUCGAAAAAAAAAACAAAACAAAAAACAAGAGCUUUGUUUUCUCGGAAACGUGCACGUUUUUUUUUUUUUUUAUGUUUCUUUGUUUUGUUAUGUAUUUUUUGGUUUACCCUCACAGAUAGACGAGGAAAACGUAACGUGACACAAUCAAAGAGCUUCCCGCAUCUGUGCCUGUGGUCUUAAAGAGAAGUCUGAGGCGUUUCGAAUCAAACACAGUCUGCGGCCAAGGGUCACGAACCCACAACCACCUGGAGGUCGGAGCUCUGCCUUUCUAUCACUCGUGUUUUGACGGAUCAAUCCGGUUUCGUAUCGUGAACGUUGGAGGUUUCGCCUGGGUCAGAUAUACCACCAGCUAAUAUCUCCAUUGCGUCUUCUGACCAGGACCAUUUCCUCCCCCUUCCACCAUCACCACCACCAUCAACACCAUGUCAGAUCAAGAACCCUUUCAAGGACUCAACCGAACCCCUCGCUCCCAUUUUUUCUGUUGUUUUUUUUUUUUUUUUUUGGUCAUUUAGGGGCAGGCGAUGAAGAAGUCAUGAACAGUGAUGUUUGAUAUCAGGUCAUUUUACCGUAUACUAAUGGGAGAUCUCCCCACUUGGAGGCAUGUUCAUAUUUUGUGUUUUUCGUACAAAAAUCAUCGCGAUUCUUUCUACUAAACCCCAUCGGAAGGUCUGUCGCACACCAAGGGCCGAGUGAAGGUUUGAUCUUCCAUAAACUUCAAGAAAAGGUUAACAGUGAAUACUGAAUUGAGGAAAGUGCAAUUUUGUCGGGUAGAUGUUGGAUUGUUAAAUAUCUUUGUAAGAUAGAUCGUUGAAGCGAUUGUUGAAAAGUAUAUAUAUAUAAAUAUAUAUAUUUUUCUUCCUAGUCCGUUCACACCUCCAGGACUCUAAAAUAUCGGGGUACAAAAAAAAUAAAUAAAAACACGUAAAGAGGAAAAAUAGAACAAAUAGCCUUGUGAGAAAUAAGGGGAGCUGUAAUUGAUUUUUCUUUUGUUGUUGUUUUUUUUUAUGUUUGUUUGUUAGCAUUGUAGAACAAAUGUCCCUUUAAGAAAUAUCACUGUUUUUAGGAUUCCUGCUAGUUCGUUUUCAAAACGCUACAGCAAUUGUUUUAAUUUAACCAAGCACAUGUACGCAGUUUGCAAGGAAACACGUAAAAAGCAAGGGGCGAACUAACUUCCUCGGAAACACUUUCGAAAAAAUGUGAAGAUCAAAAAAAUGCAUCCAGCUUCCUUCGCAUGCAAUUUUGUUGUUUUUGAGUUUUUGUUUGUUUCCUGUACGAUAUAUAUAUAUAUAUAUAUAUAUAUAUAUAUAUAUACACACACACACACACACUUACAGUGUCAUCCACCGUCGAUCAAAGCUCAGUAAAGUUUUAAAAAAAACAAUAAUAAUAAUAAUCUGCAUGUUCUAGUGUUAGUGCUAAAUUUUUACGUAGAUUACGUAGAGUUAAAGUAGUGUGAAAAAUAUUGUAAUCCCAACAUCGGGCACUUGCCGAUCAACUAUUUGUUUGGUCCCUUUAAAAAGGGUAUUUUUACUGCUGUUCUCACAAUCAACCAGCUAAACAUCUCCUCUCUGACUCUUCUCAGCUUGUCGUCUCCCUUCCUCCUUUAUUCCCGUCAGAACAAUCAUUUUCAUGUCUCAAGAGCGACGUACGCACUUCAUUGUCUUGUCGAACUGCACGAACAAUUCCACAUCGAUGUGCCUUGAGCGAUGGUCUAGUUCUGAGUUAUUGCACAAGCUGUAAUGUGGAGACUAUUUUUUUUUUUCACAUUUUCACCCCACCAGUGAAAUUAGCGCUAAUAUCGGCGUUUGCUAAUGAUAAUACACAGUAUUAACUACAUUUCGCUACUAUCGGUCGUCCAAUGCUUCGAAAAUCCCAUCAUUUUCACUUCGAUCAGUCGAAAUCAAUCAUUCACCAACAGGUUUUGAUGUCAUCGAACCUUUUUUCUCAGAUUUAACACUAGCGUAUCGAUAUUGUUGCGAUUUCUAAACGACGACUACUUUUUCUUUUCAGUCUUCCUGUUUUUUUUUCUUUGUUGUUGUUUUGUUUUUUUCAUUCCCAGCAAUGAAUAAUGAGGAAAAGAAUAUGCAAUACUUGCUUGCACUCAUAUAGUCAUUUUAUAUUUUAUUUUUUUUCACCACCAAAGUGAGCACUUGACAGGUCAGUGUGCUUUUCAUACCCGUGACACGAGAAAACGCCAUUGAUCAGCCUCACUUUCCUUUUUUUUCGGUCAUAAUCGAGCCUUAAAGAGGAGGAAACUUCCUUUCCAUCACAAACACACAAGCGCGAACACGUCCAGGACAAAAAAAUAUGCCCAGUUGUUGUGUACAUUUCGAUGAAGUUCCAUGUUAUAUUAAUUGUUUACCUGUUUAUUUUCUAUUGCAUAUAUCAUUUAAGAAAAGAAAAUGAUGGGAAUGAGUUUCCCAGGCAUCUGAUGUGAUGGUUUAGUAGUUACACUUGUGUGAGUUGUUUUUUUUUUUUUGUUUGUUUGUUUCUUUUAGCGUGAAUUUCUUUUUUCUUUUUCUUUUUUUUGUCAUUGUUCUUGCCUACUUUUUAGAAAUGAGUUGGGCAUUACUUUCUUAAUCGUCUGCACUAAAUAUAAAAUAAUGACAAUUGUGAUAAUUGAGAAAAAAUACUUUUAAAAAAAGAAAAAAAAGAAGAAGCUUCCAGGGCUUAAAAGAGCGAAGGGAAACAUGAUUGCACGGAUUUUUUUUUUUUUUUUGUCACAAAAACCUUGUUUAGAGCAGCCUGGCAUCUAAUCAGCAAGAUUGGCUGUGUGUGUAAGAUAAUGACAAAAUUGCACCCUUUUUAAAGAAAGAAAAAAAAAGAGAAAAAGAAUUUCAAGCAAUAGUUUGGGCAGUCUGUUUUGUUCUCGUGUUGUGUGUGUAAUUUAGUUUUUUGGUACAACGUUGGAGAAGACGCGAGCAAACCGAAUCGAUUAGAUACGAGAGUUAGGGCGGACGCACCUGAGUAUGGGAGAUUUGAUGUUUGUAUAUUGUAUAGUUUUAUUAAUUACACUGAUUUUAAAGCUGCCCUAUUUUAUAAUGCAGGACUUUUGUAACAUUGAUUAAAUGAGGAAAAACUAGUGUUGUGAAUUUUCUGAUUGUUUGUAUUAAGGCCACAUAAAUAGAACUGGUUUUGUUUGUCUGGGGAACUGGAUUUAAGUUGAAAACUUCCUGUUUCCUAUUUUUUUUUUUUUUUUUUUGGCUUUCCUUUUUGUAUGUAUUUAAGGACUUAUUUCUUCUUUCGAUGGUAUAGAAGUACUCCUAUACUUGAAAAGUGUAGGAUGCCGAGGUGAAAACCCCAUUGUAAAUGGAUGUUACAAGUAUGCUGUAUGUUUUGAAGGUUAUUUGUUGCAUCAGUGUUGAUGAAGCUAAAUCUAGAUAAUUCUGAGGAUGUUGGUAAGAAGAGAGCGUUUUUAUGCAUUUUAAAAAUUAGUUUUAGGCAGAAGACAAUGACAUAGACAGCCAAAGGAUGCCCCUAUUAUAAAUGCAUCUAGGCAUCUUUUUGUGUUCACCAUUCCAUGCAGGAAAAUAAACCGCUUGAUAUGCAACAUGA